AGAGGUGAAAAUGCUGUUUCGGCUGGUACAGCGAACCAGCAGAGAGAUGGUGACGCUUGUGGUGGCAACCACCGUCGACCCCGCGUCCAUCGGCCCAGCCUCCACCCUCCUUGCCAUGCCCGGCUGGCACCCCGGCCCCCCUGUCCAGGACAUGUCGAGUUUCGUGAACAGGGGAGUGAGGUUACUGAAGCACGAUAACAGCAUUGUGAGAGAGGAUCACUUGGACCGGCGGUGGGAGGCGGCGACCGGCGAAGUUGUCGACGAGGUCAUAUUUAUGAGCAAGCACACGGCGGCUUCGAACCGUCCUGCCCUCACUAUUCAUCCAAUCGGCGUGCCUCAUUUAUGCGAAGAUGAGGUACCCCCGGCAGGUGGAAAGCCUGGGUGGGCGGCGCCACCGAAUCCACGAAUAGGGCCUUGGUUGAGACUCUUGAAGUCAAUUGCUGAAUCUCAUAAUCUCACUCCUGAAUUUGAGGUCACGUUGGAAGCCACUCAUCACGGCCCUGAAAUUUAUUCACCUACCAUGUUCGUUGAAAUUGGUAGUACAGAAGAGUACUGGAAGAGGCAGGAUGCUGCCCAGGCUAUUGCUUUACUAGUGUGGGAAGGUCUAGGACUUGGUGGAGGACCUGCAGUGGGAGACUGGAGCAGGAAUAAUGGUCAAAACAAAAUCCUCCUAGGCAUUGGCGGCGGGCAUUAUGCACCACGGCAUAUGGAUAUUGCUUUGAAAGAUGGUGUUUGGGUGGGGCACCUGCUUUCUGGGUAUUCAUUGCCAAUGGAAGAUCUGGGUCAAUCUAACCUGAGGACUGUGGAGGAAGUUGGUGGAGCUUGGAGAGAGGCAAUCAAAGUUGCGUUUGAGACUACUAAAGCUGCCUUUCCCGGGGGUCAAGUUCUGGCACAUAUCGAUCACAAGAGCUUCAAAGGUUGGCAAAGAGCUGCCAUUACGGGGUUCUUAGCGGAGCAGACCAUAAAAAUUGGCAAGCCUUGUGACUUCUGCUGAUGUUCUUGAUAGAAUCACUGGUGGUUGAGUAGUUCUUCAGUUUUUCUGUUGUAUUCACACCCAUUUUCAUUCUUAAUUUGUAAAGAGAAAAUUUACUGGAUCCUGCAUCAAAGUUAAUUGUACUGCACAUUUUUAUUGAGAUCCUCUGCUUCACCACCUA